CGAACAAAGGAGAGUCAAGGUGCAACGAACUUAAAGCUCGAACAAAGGAGAAUACAGUUGGCACUCUCCGAUAUAACCGACUGGCCAGGAAUCGAAGCCGUUGCCGACUGGCCAAGAAUCGAAGCCGUUGCUGAGUUUAGAGUGGCACUCUACCACAUAGCCGAAUGGCCAAGAAUCGAAGCCGUUGCUGAGUUUAGACUUGUACCGGACACGACUGACAAAACACCUUCACAGAUUAUCAAAACACCUUCACAGAUUGAGAGAGGAAAUGGAGAAGUCCCACCUGUCUAUGUGACCUACAGGAGGAAACGGAGAAGACCCACCAUAUGUAACCUACAUGAGGAAAUGGAGAAGACCCAUCUGAUCUGAGAAAAUGGAGAAGACCCACCUGAUUCGGUGUUCAAAGGAGGAAAUGGAGAAGACCCACCUGAUUCGGUGUCUAGCGAUCAACCCACAUGCCCUCUAUGUAACCUACAGGAGGAAAUGAAACCCACAUGCCCCCUAUGUAACCUACAGGAGGAAAUGGCCCCCCCUGAUUCGGUGUCCAGCCCUAAAGACAACGAUAGGGCACCUGAUUCGGUGUCCAGCUCUAAAGACAAGGACGGAAAGCCAAGGGUAUACACUCAACCAACAUGCCCCCUAUGUAACCUACAUGAGGAAAUGGAGAAGAUCUGA